CACAGAACACUGUGAGGUACGCUUCGAGAGAAAGAUGGAAGGCGAGACGAAGAGGAAUGAGUUGGAAAGCUUGAUUGAAGCCAUAAAAGGAUCAAAUGUUUUGGAGUGUCGAAUUUCUCUAAUCAGUCAGCUGGGAAAUGUCAAUGAUUUCAACCAAUCUGGAUCAUCUUUUCAGGCUCUUCUACUUGAAUACCUUGCUGAAUUUUGGGAGGAGGCAACAUGCUUGGGCAUGCCACAGUGCAUGUUAAACAAAACAAUUUUGAGCGUUGCUUCAAAAUACUUGGAAUCAGAUAUGCAUAAUUGUCUCAGUAAAUUUCUUGUUCUCGGAACAAAGGCAAUCAAAUGGUGUGAAAGGCAUCUCGAAAUAACAAUUAAUUCAAUUGGUGAAUCUCACGAUGAAAACUGCUCCAGCAUAUUUUAUCAGAUAAUCUUGGAUUCUUUAAGCCUCUCUUCUUCUGUUAUCUUUGCAUUGACAAGAUCCCCUGUUUUUGAGGAAAAGGAAGUGGUCAAUAUUAUUGAAGAUUUCAUUUUGGAUCUAUUAAACCUGACAAAAACUUCAGUAGUGGAGACAAAGAAAAUUCCCUCAAUUGCUUCAGAAGUUGUUAAGUUGACACAAGUCAUAGUGGAUGCUGCGGUAAAGCUAUGCAGAACUUAUUGUCAAGCUGUUAAGUGGGACUUUUAUGAGAUGAACGCUGACAGAAACAAAGAAAUGGCUGAGGUAGGUGUAGAUCUUGCUAGUCAUGUGGUCAACAUAACAGCAUGCACCACAAAGUAUUUGUAUGAACUAGGAAUGUUUGCAGCUGCUGGCGGAGGAAGUCUGGUUACACUACUAAAUGUGUCAUGGAAAGGUGUUGUUUCUUUGUUGCAGCUUGGUAAAGGGUUUUUAACCAAAAAAGUAAACGUCGCUGAUAUUAUUCUGAACCUUGUUUCUCUGGCCAUUGAGUCCCUCAGAAGUGCCUCUGAAGCAUGGUGUAUGACAUUACAGGAAACACUUACUGGUGCUGAAGCUAAAAGGUUCUUUCUCCCAAUAAAGUUUUACUUGAUAAAUGCUGUACGGAUCUCAUCCGAGUACCCAUAUGAAGCCAUUGAUGUGUACAGGGAGUUAACUCGCUGUGCUUUGCUGAUCUCAUCUUUAGGAAUUUUAUUUAGCAAGGAGACCAAACUGAGAGCUGCAAGUGAAGCUCUGGCAGAGUUCUUGGAACCAACAUCAUCACUUCUACUGCAUACACUACUGAAUACAGCAAAUAUAAAUCUCGAGUCAAGACUCCUGAUUUUAGAUUGGUUAUUAAGUUAUGAAAAUGAUUCUAAAUCAACUGUUGUGGUAGAGAAUGCUGAUAGCUCCUCAGGUUCAACUUCUCUGGGAAGCAUAUUUCUUGUGAAUUGUGAUGAUGUCCCAAUGGCGAGAGCUGUAUUACUUGGACGACUUAUGCUUUUCUUGAAUCUUCUGAAGACUUCUCCAGUUUUGAGGGAAGAAAUAGUUAUUGGAAUCUCGGGGAAGCUGGAUAGUCUUUUGCAUAUGAUGAUGCAUGAAGAAGUCUACUCUUUGGCUCUUGGUUUGGAGAUACCUGUUAAUUGUGUUGUUGGACCAAACUCUGGAGUAGCUUGGCAACUGAUGUUCUAUUUCAUCUUGCAUUCCUUGAAAACUUUCAUGAUUGUUGCUGCUUCUUCAGGUCCAGCUUGGAUGGAGGUGGAAUUCUUCUUACUCCGGAACAUCUGCCAUCCUCACUUUCUUUGUCUGGAAAUUAUUACAGAAAUGUAUUGCUUCCUUUUGCGUCAUGGGGAAACAAAUAUGACCAAUUACAUUCUUGAUAAACUUUGUUCAGUACUGAAAUUUGUAGCAUCCUCAGAACCAGAUCUCAGACCUCUCGACACUUUAAGAAAGACAUCAAGACUAGUAUGUGUUUCACUUUCUUAUGUGUGUCCUGCUGCGGUUGACAGAUUUUACAAUCUUGUGGAAAGUGAGGAUGAGCCUAAUUUGUCACAGAUAAUGUAUUUAGCACUACUUGUAGAGGGUUUCCCAUUGGAAUCAUUACCUGAUGAGAGUAAAAUGCUUGCUAUUCGCAAAUUAGUUACUUCAUUUUAUCAUUUCACAGAGAACAAAGCUAAAGAACAGGAACUUGUACUACUUAAGUCCACAGAAUUUGGUUACUCCAGUUUUGUUGGACUACCAGUGCAUGCACUCUCAUCUGCUCUACAGUGUCGUCAGGUUAAGGAUUCUGAUAUUGCUGGUGACAAGAAUAUGGCACACGUUGUGAACUUUGCAGUUGUCGUUAUUCAUGGAUAUAAAAGUGCCGUUGAUCGUAAGAAAGACAUCUUUGCCACACUUCUAAGCGCAACAUUGGUUAUCAUUUCAAACAUGAGGAAUUUUUACGGUUCUGCUGAAAUGGAAAAACUAAUUGUGGAGCUACAUACCCUUUUCAUGCAAUGUCCCACUGAUGCUGAUGGUAUGUUGUAUCAAUGCAAGCCUUCUCUUGCAUAUUUCAUGGCUAGCCUCAGUCACAUGGAAAUAGCAGAAGGUGAAGGGCAGACACUUUGUACUGCAGUAUGGGAUCUUUAUCACAUGUUACUGAGGGAACGGCAUUGGGCAAUUGUUCAUCUAGUUAUAGUUGCUUUUGGUUAUUUUGCUGCCCGUACAUCUUGUACUCAGCUUUGGAGAUUUGUUCCUCAUGAUGCAACUCUCUCAUUUGAUACCAACACAGGAACUGAGGCCAAUGAAGACCGAUUUAUGUCGGAGUUAAAAUGUGUUCUUGAAAAGGAAGUAGCAUUGUGUGAUGUGACUCCAUCCAAAGAGCAGUUAUAUCUCUUACAAGAAGGGAUUGUGCUGAGAAAACUAGUCAAAGGAGUAUGUAAUAAUUCAAAAGUUUCUGGUUCUAAGCAACUUGUGAACGAUGACAAAAACUCUGUCAAGAAUAGGAAGAGGAAGCUUCUGGACAGAAUUUGUGAAGGAAUGGAAUUACUGCAGAGCGGUGUGAAGGUAAUGAACGAUGCUCUAGCUCAAUCUGAUGCCACAGAUUUGAAAGACACAUUAUCAUCACAUAUCUUGUGCCUCGAGGAUGUGAUUUCUCAUUUGGUCGGUUCAACUAAUCAGGAAUGAGUAUUUGAUUUUGUCUAUAAUGCCUGACAAAGAGCAACUCCAAAACUUGGGAUGGUGACCUGAAUAAACAGAAUCAAUAUUGUUGACAAAAGUUUGACAUGCUGUUUCAGGUUUGCUUCCUCUCCAAAGAAAUGAUUAGAUAGAAUUUUCGA